AUGAAUCCAGUUAAAAAAAGAUUUGACAGUAGAGCGAGUAAGAGGAAACAUAAAGCAGAGGAAGAUCGUAAGACUAAAUUAUUACCAUCGGUUUCAAAAUUGUUUAAGAAAGUAUCCGUAGAAAUUUCUAAUUCAAAUCCUAAUGUAAACGAAAAUUUACAAGAAACACAUCCAUGUCGUUCGCUGUCCUCUCCAGUCAAAAUCGAACAUAUUUCUCAAAAUGUAACAUCUAAUGCUAAUCUUUCGAGUACACUGGUUAACACUAUUUCUCAAGAAAUACCCAAUACCUCUAUUUCAUCACUAGCGAAUAAUGUUCCAAAUAUUAAUAUAUUUACUAAGCUUCUAAUACUUCCCAAUCCCACUGAUAUCGGUCAUUUUAAUUAUGAUAAUAAAUUAUCUGACUCGCAGAAAAAGUUUGUUGUUACUCAUGGACCAUGCCAACCUUAAGGACCAUUUUAUAGACAUUCAGAUGUAUCAAAAAAUAAAAAUUCACGAACAACAUUUCACGAAAAAUAUUAUUAUUCUGUUGAGUCAAUUACAGGAGCAAAAACUAAUAGAUUAUGGCUAUGUUAUUCAAUAAUUCGUCAAGUUGCAUAUUGCCAACCAUGUUCUCUGUUUGGUAAUAGAAUUAAAAUUAAACAAACUACGUGGCUUGAUAGUUAUGAUGACUGGGAUCAUAUAACAAUUGCAAUUAAUCGUCAUGAAAAUUCUACAUUUUAUCUUGAGUCAUGUAAAGCUUAUAAUGUGUAUUCGAGGAAUUUAGGUAUAGACAAUCAAACAAAGAAGCAAAUAGAUUCUGAAGCUGAAUAUUGGACAGCAAUUUUAACGAGAGUAAUAGAUGUAUCUAUAACACUUGGUUGUCAAAAUUUGUCCUUUAGAGGUCAUAGGGAAGAUUCCAAUACAAAUAAUCCUGGAAAUUUUAUGGCUAUAAUUAAGCUUUUGGCUAAAUAUGAUCCCAUAUUAGCAACACUUUUAGAAAAACCAAAAGGAAGCGUAAAGUAUCUCAGUCAUAAAAUUCAAGAUCAAAUUAUUUCAUUAAUAGAAAUUGAAAUAAAGAAAAAUAUAUUAGCUGCUGUUACUGCUGCACCAUUUUUUUCGUUAAUUCUUGAUACAACACAAGACAUUAGUAAGAUUGACCAAGUCUCCACAAUAUAUCGAUACCUUCAUAUAGACAAAAGCUAAUUAGGAAUUCCUAUAAGCAUUGAAAUAAGAGAAGACUUUAUUGGAUUUACUGAAGCCGAAGGAGGUACAGGCAGAGCAAUGGAAGAACAGUCGAUGAAGCAAUUUAAAGAAAAUGGACUUGAUAUCAUAAAAUUUAGAGGAAUUGGUUUAGACGGCGCAGCAAAUAUGAGCGGAAAAUAUAAUGGUUUACAGGUUUGUCUUCGGCAAAGACAGAAAAAAGCCAAACAUGUCCAUUGUGCAUCGCACAAUUUAAAUUUAAUAGUAAAUGACUGUGUUAAAGAUCUUAAGGAAAUUCGGAAAUUUUGUGGCGUGCUAGAAUCUCUUUAUACAUAUUUUGGUAAUAGUAUACUUCGGUGGGCAAAAUUAAAAAAAGAAAGUCGUGAAAUUACCAGAUCUCUUAAGAGAUUGUGUCCUACUCGAUGGUCUUCUAGAAUCGAUUGUUUAGUAUCACUGAAUCAUAUGUACCCAGAUAUAAUGAAGGUACUAAAUAACAUUAUAUUAACUGGCCGAACCAAAUAUGAACAAAAUGACGCUACCACACUUAAAACACAUUUUGAGAGUUAUGAAACNACGUUUUUAUGAUGAGCUUUGUCAAGAUCAACGACUUUCACAAGGAUGUCAAUAUUUUAAAAUACAGGUGUUAUAUAGGUGUAUUGAUACUGUUGUUACACAAAUGCAAACACGAUAUGUUGGUCUUAAUGAAAUAAAUGAUUUAUUCAGCUGUAUUUUACGACGUGGAGUAAUAUCUGAUGAUGACAUUAUUAUUGGUGCAAAAAAGUUGGCGGAUGAAUUUGAAGAUUUUAAUUCAGCUGAGUCAGCAAGGCAAAUUGAAUCAUUUACUAUUCUGUUUUCUUCAGAGCUUAAAUCCUGUAAUAGUGUUUUUGAUAUGACUAAAUUAUUGGUUAUUGAGAAUUAUAAUCAAAUUACUAGUUUUCCAAACCUAUUAACAACAUUUUAUUUAUUUCUUACAUUACCAGUAACAGUAGCCAGUGCAGAAAGGUCAUUUUCAAAGCUCAAAUUAAUUAAAAACUACCUUAGAAAUACUAUGUCUCAAACACGUUUGAGUGGUCUCAAUGAAUGGUCGCAAUGA